AUGACAGACUCAACCCAAAAUACCAAAUCUGAUGAGGAAUUCUCAGACCCAUACACCAUGCACCACUCAGAUCAUACGGGGCUUAUCCUGGUUUCCAAACACUUUACGGAAACAACUACUGGUAAUGGAGCCGUGCCAUGUGCAUGGGUAUCAGCGCAAAGAAUAAGAUUGGGUUCAUUGAUGGAACCAUCAAAGCUCCACCACUCUUGGACACAAAGUACACAGCUUGGAAGAUGCAACGACAUGGUCACAUUGUGGAUUGUGAACUCAGUUCACUCGGACAUAGCCAGCAUCAUCAUUUACACCGAAACUGCUGUUACAGUUUGGAACGAUCUCAAGGACAGGUUCUCACAAAGCAGUGACUUAAGGAUUUACCAAAUUCGACAAGAAAUUGUUGAGAAUUGUCAAGAGCAGCUUUCAGUUUUUGUCUAUUACACCAAGAUGAAGGCCUUGUGGGAUGAGUUAGCAUCCUACCAUGAUCCACUUGUGCAAGUUCAACAAGCUUCAGUGUCGCAAUUGACUAACAACAAGCACUUCAACACAUCUUCACGUAAGUCACUUAAGUGCACUUACUAUGAUGAAGAUGGACACUUAGUAGACCGCUGUUCUAAGGGCUUAAGGAGCAAAGAAGUGCAUUUAGAGGCCUUUGUGGAGCACUAUUGGGCUAAGGAUGGAUAG